UAUUAAUAUGCCUUACCAUUGAUAAGGCGGUCCUGCGAUCCAUCCAGGAUUCAUAUAAAAAGCCAUUUCCUUGCAGGAUAUAACCCAAUUCUGUGAACACAAUCGUUUCAUCCGCAUCAACCGAGCCUGGCCGACAUCCUCGAUCGACUGAACAACCUUUACUAUUGAUUCAAUAUUAUCAUCCACCAUGACACAGAUAAAAGCCGUUCGUAUUGUUACCACAGAAACCCAGCUGACGACCGAGCUUCGAAACGAAUCCCUCCCCAGCCCUGGCCAACACGAAGUGCUGAUCCGCGUGCACGCCGUCUCCCUCAACUACCGCGACGGCGCGCUGCUGCGCCGCCCGGGUGCUGGCAAUUACCUCGUCGGAGGCGAAGGCUGCGACGCUCAAGGAGCUCGAACCCUAGAUAUUGCGGGAGAAAAGACGAUUCAGAAGUCGGCGGCGUGUACCAAGAUCGGUGGUCUGGUGGUUUUGGUUGGGAUUGCGAGCGGUGGCGGUGGUGGGCUCCCGUCUCAAGAGUAA